AAGCGUAAGAGAAUCCCUACUCCUGUCAUUUAGUGCAGGUGCGGGUUAUCAGACGCAGACGAAUCGAGCUGACGACGCUCGUGCACGACGAGGACGGCUAGUUCCUAGUCGUAGAGGGAGGCACGAAAGAAUCGAGAUCGGUUAGGAGGGAAAAGAAAAGAGGGGUGGUCACAAAGAAAGAGAGAGAGAGAUAUCGGGGGGUGGGGGAAUAGGUUGAUCGCAGGAGACAGAAUUUACCCGCUUGAUAACGACACGGUGGACCGUAGGUGAGGUAGCGUAGGUUCGAACAUUCCGUCAUCGCCGUCCCCGUCAUCGUCGAGCGUCUGCCAGGCCGAUAAAUCGCCGAGCCGCGCGCACAAGCUACCUCAGUCAACCCCCUGAUCUCCCGACGUAGGUGUUGGCUUGACCGAGUCGAAACAUGGAGAACACGUGACCGUGACAGAGUGACGGGACACGCGGUACUAGAAGAAGAAAAAGAAGAAGAAGUGAUUCCGCGAGUGAGCGCGAGGGCGAAGCCGAACGGAACGGAAAAGCGAUGCCAAGGGCUGCGUGGAAGACGAAGUCACAUCGUAACCGUGCGAUCCGCGAUUGAGGUCAUUGAGAGGUCCGCUCGAAGUCGCUGCUGCUAGCUUGUCGCUUGCUGGCCGCGGGCAGUCGCGACGACCAGGCCGAGGCGAAAAUGAAGAACAACUCGAGCAACUCGAACCACGAGAAGAACGGGCCGGAGAACCUGAAGCUGCUGCAGGUGCCGACCACGCCGCCCACUACACCCUCGUCGCCCACCACGCCGACCAGAGGCGUCGAGGAUGUCUUCAGGGAGCUGCCGAUCACCGAUGACACCGCGUGCGGCAUAUGGUGCUUCAAGGGCCCGAUCUUGCAGCGAUUCGCCAACAAGAAGGCGUACGUGUUCCUUUACGGUGUUCUCGGCUGCAUAUUCUCCGCCAGUUACGCCUACUUCAACGGCACCAUCACCACCAUCGAGAAGAGAUUCAAAAUACCCUCCAAGACGACGGGUCUCAUCACAGUGGGUAACGACAUCUCGCAGCUUUUCGUAUCCGUCGUUCUGUCGUAUUACGCAGCAAGGGGUCACAGGCCUCGAUGGAUCGCAUUCGGUAUCUACACCGUUGUGCUCUUCUGUUGCCUAACAAUGCUGCCGCAUUUUCUCUACGGACCCGGUGAGGAUGCUUUGUCGUUAACCAAAGAAUACGGAGGUAAACCCCAGAACACGCUAAAUAUGAGCGUGAUUCCCGACAAACACCGGAAAUUCCUCUGCCUGACUAAGGAAACUCGCGGGAACGAUUGCGAGGUCGACGAUGUGAACUUCGCACCUCAGGUGCUGCUCUUUAUAGCUCAGUUAGUGUCCGGGGUGGGUGGUUCGCUUUAUUACACUCUUGGGGUGUCGUACAUGGACGACAACAUACAGAAGUCGAAGACGCCGGCGUUGAUCAGCUUUUCCUACUUCCUGCGCAUGCUGGGACCCGCCAUUGGCUAUGGACUGGCCUCGUUCGCCUUAAAGUUCUACAUCAGCCCGACUUUGACUCCUACCAUCACGACGCAAGACCCGAGGUGGUUAGGUGCUUGGUGGAUGGGAUGGAUCAUUCUAGCCAUCCUACUCUUCAUUUUCGCGAGCGUGAUCGCUCUUUUCCCGAAAACCCUGCCGAGGGCAGCCGCACGCAAAGUCCUGGCUUUGGAGCGCAACCGAUCCGCUACGAGCAUCAAGGGUGAGCAAGAAUCGGAGCUACCCGCUUCGAUAGGGGAUAUGCUGAGGACUUUUAAGCGUUUGCUGACCAACACGACUCUGAUGUGCAACAAUCUGGCGACGGUGUUCUACUUCAUGGGCUACAUGCCGUACUGGAUCUUCAUGCCCAAAUACAUCGAGACUCAGUACAAGCAGUCGGCGUCCGUCUCGUCGCUGAUCACUGGCACAGUCGGCCUGGUGUUCAGCGCGUUCGGCAUUCUACUGUCCGGCCUGAUCAUCUCGAAGUACAAGCCCAAAGCCAGAUAUCUGGCGGGGUGGAACGUUAUGAUCGGCGUGAUAUCGAUCAUGGGAAUGAUCUCUUACGCUUUCCUCGGCUGCUCGGCAAACGACGAUCAGAUCGCCAUCCAGCCGAGCGGCGCCCUGAAGACUAGACUACCUUGUAACGAGCAGUGCAACUGCGACUAUGUCACUUACAACCCGGUGUGCUCCGAGCACGGGCAGACGUUUAUAUCCGCGUGUCACGCUGGCUGUCGCGGCAUGAAGCUUUUCAGUAACGGCAGCAAAGUUUACACCGACUGCAGCUGCGUAAAGCCGAAACUGUCCCGCUCUCUGACGCACUCAUACGCCAACAUCACUUCCCUAUUCUUCACUGAAUCGCCUCUGGAUACGACCGAGCCUAUCGUGGAAGCUCUGGGCACGGCCGUGCCAGGCUCGUGUCCGGUCGACUGUAUGCACAAGUUCUACAUCUUCCUGGCGGUGGUGUGCCUUCUGAAGUUUAGUGGAGCGACCGGGAGAGCGUCGAAUUUUCUGGUUUCCGUGAGAUGCGUGGACGAGAAGGAUAAAACCGUCGCCAUGGGCUUCGGCUUGACGAUAAUGAGCCUUUUCGCCUUUAUACCGUCACCUAUUCUAUUUGGAUUUAUCUUAGACAAGACCUGCCUUGUAUGGGGCAAAACGUGUUCGGGCACGGGUAAUUGUUGGCUAUACAACGGCGAGACUUUGAGGUAUCUGCUGAACUUCACCGCAGCCAGUUUCGUAACGAUCGGCACGUUAUUCGACGUGGGCGUUUGGUAUUACGUGAAGGACGUGAAGAUUUUCGACGAGGAGAUCGAACUGGAGGAUAUAGCCGAGGAGCCCGGCGAGACGCAUUAAAGAAUAAUUAUUGACGUCGAGUAAGUUCACUCGCGCCCCUUCGGGGCGUGCGUUACGCGAAAGGAAACCUCGAUCGAGGAUCACCAAGGAGGAGCAAACGAAGAGCGCCGCGACGAGCAAGAACCGACAAAUAAAGACUUUACAAGUACCUUAAGCAUCCCCCUUAGACAUUUAAAGCUCGCAGUAACCUAGAUACAGUCGAUCGCUGGUCAGAUCAUCCGCGGUACUGGAAGGUACGUGCAAUACGACCUUUCCGAUCUUUCGUUGAUGCCGAUCUAAUUGUGUGGUCACUUGUUUCUAUCGCAAAUAGAUCAAUUUGUCAUUAAAGCGACGUAUAUUUGCUUGAUUACGGAUUUUUUUUUUUUAUAAGCGAACACAAAGACAAUCUUAAUCGCCGGUUGCGGUACAUACGAGGUGUAAGUACACUCUGUACGCACCGCUUGGGACUGUCUAUGAUGAGAGCAAUGAUCCACGUUGCCUUAGCGCGAGAGAAAAUCAUCUAUAAAGUCCGAUAAUUGUACAUACGAUGGUUACGCACUACUCGAAAUAGUAAGUUAGUAAGAAACUAUAAUUUAUCUACUCUCAGAGUGAUUAUAUAUACGAUGUAUUUAUCCGUUGUUUGGGCGACGAGUUACCCUCCGCUCGAGAUACUUCGUUCUCUUCGGAGCAUCGUUUGUGAAGUGGAAUUUUAGUCUAUAUGUAUGUAAGACGCGUGUGUCUCGCAGUUACUUUACCUUUCAAGUAAGAAGAUGCCACUGUUAGCAGACGGGUAGACAGAGUAAUCCACAAAAUUACGAUAUUGUGAUGGAUUUUAAUCGUGUAAUAAAUUAUUAAUAGGACAAUCA